UCUACGUCCUAACUUCAAGUUUAAUGAACCCAAACAUCGCAAAAACCUCUUAAGCCCCGGAACUGUUCUCGCGUUAAUCAGCCUAGCCUCUCAAUCUCUAAUUCCUUAAACAUGUCCAAAUAUCCACCAACUCCCAUGAUCUGCAAAUUAUCUUCCAAAGAGUAUCCUCAAAAAGCCAAGGGAAUUUCCUUCUUUGCCUUUCUUCUCUCCAUUUUUGUUUAUAUUUCUGUCUUUUAUACCUUCAAUAUAUCUCCUUCUACUGUCUUCAACACCACCAAGUUCUGGUUUUUCAUUUCCAACACUCUCAUCCUCAUCAUUGCUGCUGACUAUGGUACUUUCUCUAAUUCGUCCAGAGAGAAACAUGAUCUUUAUGAAGAUUACAACAUGAUGGUGAUGCAUAGCCAAGUGAAAAAUAACGUUUCAUCCUUCGUUUCACGAUACCCAGAUCAUGUUGUUAAAGGAAGUACUACCGAUCCCAAGCAAGAGGACGUUGAUGAUUUGCAAGAAAAGAAAGAAAUAUUAGCUGAAGAUCAAAGGGAUCAACAUUUAUACCCAGAGAGUAAAUCUAUCAUGGCCAAUAUUAGUACUCAUGAUUCGAAAAAGCCUAGAAAUCAUGAAAACUUGCAAGAAAAGAAGGAGGUUCUUACCCGACAAGCUGAUCAUGAGAUUUAUGCAACAAAGCCAGCAAAAGACAAACUUAUCGUACUGAUUCAUGACGAGAGCAAGAACAUGUCAGAGAAUGAUGAUCAAAAGCAUGAUGAACCAAGUGAUGAAGAUAGUGAGUUUUCAACCAUGUCUGAUGAGGAACUGAACAGAAGAGUUGAAGAGUUUAUUAAAAGCUUUAAUAGACAGAUUCGGCUUCAAUCAUACAUACAAGAAAAAUGAGUAUUUAUGUCCUAUUUAUGACAAGAAUAUGCUCAUUUUGACAAAAAAAAAUAUAAGUACUAGUCGCAUGUAACUAAACAGUUUUCUUAUAAUCUAUCAGGAAAUUGCAGUAAAAUAUAAAAUAGCAAUAGGAAAAAAGUCUUCCCUAGCUAGUUUUUCAUGGAACAUGUGGAGACUUGUAAAAAAACAUGAGUAGUUUGCUUCCUUUUUUUUUUUUUUUUUUUUUUUUUAGUUUUUCUUAUUUAUGUUCUAGUUUGAUGAUCUGUCCUGUAGUACGUCCUUUUUUCUUUUCCCCAUGUAUUUUACUUUGUUUUUGUUAUCUUUCCAUGUUGGUUAGUGUAAAUGCCUUGGACUUUUGCAUGUUGCAAGCUAGCUAGAGCUGUCUUUCUGCAAUAAAAUACCACCUUGGUUUCCUUUUUUA